AUGGACGCACCAUUUGAAAACGGAGAGGCCCCUAUCGAGCCCGACCGCCCGUCGCGCGCGUGCGCGCCGUCGUCCGCCGCCCCGGGCGCGCGGUCCGUGUCCAUCCACGCCAUCACCUGGAUCGGCGAGAAGGCCCUCGACGCGCGGCGCAAGAAGCGCUUCGCGGCGUCCCUGCGGCCGCGCGACGUCGCGACGCCCGAGCACGCCACGGAGGCCUGCAAGGUCUGCGGCCUCGCCCACAGCGACGAGCAGGACGCGCUCCUCUACUGCGACUGCUGCGACGGCUGCUUCCACCAAAAGUGCUACCACGUGCCCGAGAUCCCCGAGGGCGACUGGUUCUGCCGGCCCUGCCUCAAAAAGAAGGCCAAGGGCGUGCCGCCGGCCAUGGUGCCGGACCCGCCCGGCGUGGAGGACGACGGCGAGCGCGUCGCGGGCGACCCGGACGCGGCGAAGGCCGUCAUCGCCGCGCGGGGCCUCGAGUCGAACGCGGACUUCGGCGUCGUCGCGGCGCUCAUGGACCGCUUCGGCUGGCCCGCCGUGUCCAUCAAGGACCUGGCCGACUGCUUCGCGCCCGGCGAGCCGUCGUCGCCGCGCGCCGGCGCGGAGGCCGGCGCGGAGGCCGCGGAGCCCGAGUGCUACGAGCGCUUGGUCCGCGACCUGCUCCACAAGUGCAAGUGGCUCACGGCGCGCAACAAGGAGCUCUGGGCCGUGACCUUCGCCCAGGCCCUGCGCGACGCGGGCUACGCGAACGAGAGCGGCUGGCUGCUCGACGCGGGCGACCUCGAGGAGGUCGCGCCCGGCGUCCACGUCGAGGAGGACGAGGAGGAGGAAGAAGAGGAGGACGAGGAGGAGGAGGACGAGGCGGCCCUGCGGGGCUUCGCCGAGGGCGUCGCCGUCGACGCGCGCUGGCGCGGGCGCAAGGCCUGGUACGGCGGGACCGUCGCGGCCGUCCGCGGCAACGUCAUCGACGUCCGCUACGACGACGGCGAGUUCGAGGAGGGCGUGCCGCUGAACUUCGUGCGCCUGUCCCUGGCCAAGUUCCGGGCGGAGCAGAAGGCGGCCCAGGAGGCCGCGGAGUCGACGUGCCGCCGCAAGAUCGGCAAGCUCGCCGCGCCGCGGCGGUGCCGGUUGCUGCGCCUCGCGUUCGAGAUCGCCUUGGAAUGGGACGCGCAGCUCAAGAGCCGCAUCGACGGCGCCAUAUCCCGGGCGGACCGGACCGCGCCGCGGUCCCUCGUCGACGAGCACACCGUGGGCGUCGACGCCGCGGGGCGGUCCUACUUCGUCCUCGAAGACGACGCCGGCUGCGUCGUGCUCUGCCGCAAAUUCCACCCGGGCCACCCGGCGACGGCGCCGGCGCUCGUCGGCCCCGCGGACCCGCGGAAGCAGCCCGACAAGCGCAAGCGGCCCCGCGCGCCGCCGCCGCCGGCCGUGCCGCCGCGGAAGCGCAAGCGCGGCGCGCCGUCGUUCCAGGUGUUGGCGUCGUCCGCGCUCGACGUCGCGGCCGUCGCCGCGGAGCUCCUCGAGGCGACGCACGGCGACGAGCUCUGGCUGAGCAAGGUGCUCCGCGACGAGCUCGCGCCCCACAUCCUCCGCACGCGCCGCGCGGCCGUCAACGCGGUCAAGAAGGAGGAGCGCGCCGCGCGGCGCCAGCGCGCGAUCAUGCGCGACCUCGGCACGGUCCGCGACGUCGGCACGCGCCGCGCGGCCGCGCGGCCCGUGGACUACACGGGCGCCGCCUACGACGCGCAGAUCAAGGCCGCGGAGCGCGCGCACGGCCGCUACAUCUAG